AUGUACUCCCAAAACUUUGCCAACAAGGUCGCGCAACAACUCAAGCCCUCGAUGGUCACUGUUCUCAAGACGGCUGUGAUCACUCCCGGUGCGGAAACCUCCGUCAGCCCCGUGCAUCUGUUCUACGACGCAAGCGAGCAAAUGUGGUCCCCCGUGAGCCCCGUGGAGACCAUCUGCACCGCGCAGAAGGACGAGGGGGUCUCUCUCUACGAGAAGAGCACCGAAGAGAUCACUGCCGCGGCUGGGCUACUGGCCAAGUGUCCACGGGCGGCGACGCAGGUCAUAUGCACUUUUGUCUAUUGCACCUUUGAUUUGAACCUUGGCUGA